UGCGUGUGUGUGCGUGUGUGUGUGUGUGUCGGGCGGCGGGAGCCGGCCCGCGUCGCCUCAGGGGGCGCGGGUUCCCGGCCGUGUGCGUGUGGGGAGGGGGCCCGCGUCGGGGGACCCCAGAGCGGCGUGGUCCACCCGUUUCGAGGCCGGGGCUUGGAGCCUCGCAGACAAAUAGGGAUGCCAAAGGAAAAAUAUGAUCCUCCAGAUCCUCGAAGAAUUUACACCAUCAUGUCAGCAGAAGAGGUAGCCAAUGGGAAAAAAUCUCACUGGGCAGAAUUAGAAAUCUCGGGUAGAGUGCGAAGCUUAAGUACAUCACUCUGGUCAUUGACACACUUGACAGCACUGCACCUAAAUGACAAUAACCUUGCUCGCAUUCCACCUGAUAUUGCCAAGCUUCAUAAUCUGGUUUACCUGGAUCUGUCAUCCAAUAAACUCAGAAGUUUACCAGCAGAACUAGGAAACAUGGUGUCUCUCAGGGAAUUGCUUUUAAAUGACAAUUAUUUACGGGUUUUGCCUUAUGAACUUGGCCGGCUCUUCCAGCUACAAACUCUAGGUUUAACAGGCAAUCCUUUAUCACAGGAUAUUAUGAGCUUAUACCAGGACCCAGAUGGAACACGAAAGCUACUGAACUUCAUGCUUGACAAUCUUGCAGUUCAUCCAGAGCAGCUUCCUCCGAGGCCAUGGAUUACAUUAAAAGAACGAGACCAAAUUCUGCCAUCAGCAUCAUUCACGGUUAUGUGUUACAAUGUGUUAUGUGAUAAAUAUGCUACCCGGCAGCUAUAUGGCUAUUGUCCGUCCUGGGCAUUAAACUGGGAAUACAGGAAAAAGGGAAUUAUGGAAGAAAUUGUUAACUGGGACGCAGAUAUCAUUAGUCUUCAGGAAGUGGAAACAGAGCAAUACUUUACUCUCUUUCUGCCAGCAUUGAAGGAUCGUGGAUAUGAUGGAUUUUUUUCUCCAAAGUCACGUGCCAAAAUCAUGUCUGAGCAGGAAAGAAAGCAUGUGGAUGGUUGUGCAGUAUUCUUCAAAACAGAAAAAUUUACAUUGGUGCAGAAGCAUACAGUGGAAUUCAACCAGGUAGCAAUGGCAAAUUCAGAUGGAUCCGAAGCAAUGCUUAACAGAGUAAUGACAAAAGAUAACAUUGGCGUUGCUGUGGUGUUAGAGGUCCACAAGGAGCUCUUUGGAACAGGUAUGAAGCCUAUUCAUGCUGCAGACAAACAGCUACUUAUAGUGGCAAAUGCCCACAUGCAUUGGGACCCAGAGUAUUCUGAUGUGAAACUUAUUCAGACCAUGAUGUUUGUCUCAGAGGUUAAAAACAUUCUGGAGAAAGCCUCAAGUAGGCCUGGCAGCCCAACUGCAGAUCCCAAUUCCAUCCCGCUGGUGCUAUGUGCAGAUCUUAACUCAUUGCCAGAUUCAGGUGUUGUGGAAUAUUUAAGCAAUGGAGGAGUAGCUGACAACCAUAAAGACUUCAAGGAACUAAGGGUGUGAUUGACUACAUUUUCUAUUCCAAGACUCAUAUGAACGUGCUUGGUGUCCUGGGGCCUUUAGAUCCUCAAUGGCUGGUUGAGAACAACAUCACUGGGUGUCCACACCCUCACAUCCCUUCAGACCACUUCUCACUGUUAACACAACUUGAACUCCACCCUCCACUCCUGCCUCUUGUCAAUGGUGUUCACUUGCCUAAUCGGAGGUAGUGGAGUCCAGCCCCGCAGAGACGGGGAUGUGUUGCUAUGGACCUGUACAGUUGUAAAUCAAAGUAUGUAGGAGUGAAGUAUGGCCAUCUUUAACGCUGCUUCUUCAGGUUCCUUUCACUAUGUGUUUGCUCUAAGACUUUGUAUAUUUUUGUGCAUACUGAUAUCAUUUGGCACUAGGGCUGGAACCAAAGUAUUACUGUCUGUCUCUAUCCAAAAUAUUAAUAUACUUUAAAAUUGAAUUUAUUUUCCUAUUAUAUUAGGAGCCAACAUUCACAGGUGAUAAAUCACUAAUUUGAGACCCCACACCAAUGUUGUUCUCUAAAAAUAAAUACAUUCUUCUGAAUGUUUUCAUAUAAGCCAAUCAUUUUUGUAAAAGGUGAUUUUUAAAAACUCCAAAUACAAGAUUUUCAAUUGAAUGAUGGUAUGCCUUAUAGGAAAAACUUUUGAGUUUCUGUUUUCUUUCAUAACAAGCUGAUUUUUGGCCCUCAAGUCAUUGCACAUUAACAAAGCACUUAAAUUUGCUUGAUUUGUACAUUAAAUAUGGUAUAGCCACUAGCCAUAACAAGACAAUUUGAGAUAUGAAAGAUAAUUACAUAACAUGCUUUAAAAUCAAGCAUAAUUUGUGACAAUUUGUUGGCCAAAUGCUGGUUUUGAGGAACUCUUCUCUCCUCUCCUCUCUCC